AUGAAGCAGCCGGCCCCCUCACACAAGCCCUGCCCCGUGUCACCCCGCAGCCACAAGAAGCACCACGGCAACCACGGCCACAUCGACAACGAUGAGUCGUGGCAUCCCAUCACCAAGAGCGUCUACGACGAGCUGGGGUGGCAGGCUCGGCUGGGGCGGCUGUCCUUCCCGGCUUCGCUCCUGUCAUUCCCCUUCUACCUUGUUGACCUUUUCUCGAAGCACCAGCGCCCGAUGGUCGUCACUAGUGACGUGUGCCUGGCGGUGGUGUACACACUGCUGGUCACCGCCAUGGUGGCCUUUGGGGCCGGCACGGUCGCCAAGCUGUACUGGGCCCCGUGGCUGGUGUAUGUCAUGUGGCUGGACGCGGUGACGUACCUGCACCACCACGGCCCCCACGACGAGACGAUGAAGAUGCCCUGGUACCGUGGGAAGGAGUGGAGCUACCUGCGCGGCGGCCUGACCUGCCUGGACCGCGACUACGGCGUGCUGCACCGCGUCACCCACGACAUCGGAACCCACGUGGUGCACCACCUGUUCCCCCAGAUCCCCCACUACCACCUGCGGGAGGCGACGGCCGCGAUCAAGCCCAUCCUGGGGUGA